ACACGCGUUGUCGAGUGAAUCACGGCCCACCAAACCCAACACCCCCAAAGUCACUAGUGGCCCAGACUUGAAAGCUGUGCCGUUCAGCAAAACCGACGGCAUCCGCACGGAGGUGCAUGAAGCCCUGACGAAAGCUAACAUAACACACCCCACCGUUAUACAACAUCAAUCGCUGAAAGCUCUGAUGGGGGGCAGGGACGUGCUCCUGGCCGCAGAGACAG